UUACAGGUGACACGCCCGUGAAUCUGCUCCUUUUUAAUCGUGUUAAAUGCGAUUUAUCGCUAUAUAGAAGGUAAGCCCUUGUUUUUUCGUGGAUGUGGAUGGAAAACAAGUGAGGCCCCUUUCUUGACAAAUGAAGAUKCCCACUGGCUUGCUGCUAUGGAAAAAUUAAUGAAAAGCAUGUUUGGCGAUGACUUUUUCGAGUUCUGUUACCACGAGCAAGAAUCUGUUAAAGUAAAGUCAGAUUUCAUGCCAAAAGAAAAUUACAAUCACGAAAUAUGGGAGAAGAAGUAUCAACAAGCACACAAAGAAUUUUAUGAAGAGAUUAUCUCCACAAAAUCGCAAGUAAACCACUCUCGAAAAAGAGCUAGGAAGCUUYAUUUUGAAGAAAUAAGCGAKGAAAGCAUACUAAAUAGCUGCGAAAKUAGUGAAACCGAGUCCCACUCAAAUUGCKCGAAAAGCUUUAGCACAGCCACUUCGGACAGUACACAACAAAACUCUGAUGAAUCCUUUGAAAACCUAGAACCUCUCCUCACUAGUACACCAGUUCAACGCGAUUUGACAUCUAGUGAUAGUCAUGAUGCCACACCCAGGAUAACUAGCACUACCUAUGUCAAGUGUCCAGUCCAAGUUAAAGCGUCGACGCAAGACCUCGGCCUUUGUAAGCCAGGAUCGAAAGCAAGCAGGAGACAACUGGCCAAUCUAAUCAUUCCAAAGACCGUGCAUGUUAAUGAUAAACAAAUAACUGCUGUUAUUUCAAAUCGCUCAUUUCAUGACCCAUGGAAGUCUUUGACAAGACCAUCUAGAAAUGCAAUCCAACAUAGUGAUAAAGUUCUAUCCGAUGCACGCAGUUCUGGAAUAUCUAACGUCAACGGUGUGAGAUUUGGCAGCAUAGGCUCAUUCAAUCAAAGCCAAUUGUGGGUUUUGCGCAAAUUCUGUGAUAUAGAUGACAUAAAACGUGAUGUUAUUAGGGAAACGCAAUGGCUAAAUUUGGAUGAUGGCUUCGAAGAGAAAGAAAUAAAGAGUGUUGCUGAUGUUCUGUGGGAUACCGACAACUGUAAGGUUMUCCUUAAAGUGUCAAUAGGUGGAAGUACAAGGGCAAUAGAUAUUACCUCAUUUUCAUUUCUCUGCGAGGAAAGAUAUCUCGAUAACAUGGUCAUUGAUGUUUAUCUAACCAGACAUAUGCGGGAAGUGCAUACAUUUUCCAACAAUGUGCCUACUCUUUUUUUGCCAUCCUCUGUUUGGGACUGGACACAAAGUCAAGAUCAUCRGUACUUGAAAGACAAGAUUGCCGGCGUAAUGGACAACUGCGGUGCUCCACGGGCACAGAUUAAGCAAAUUAUUCUUCCUGUAUAUAUGCCAAAUCAUUGGGGAAUUAUAUUGAUUGACUUGGAGGACAAGACAAUUUAUUUUGASGAUGGGAUGAAGUUCAAUCUUCCCCGGGGAGCACUUGACAGCAUAAAACAAGUAAUGGGUGCACUACAUGACGCCUAUACCGAUUGCUUGUUAUUUGCUAAGGAUUGGUGGGCAGAGGUUAGAUCUACAAAAAGGCUUGGUAUGCCAAGUCAAACUGAUAAAGAUGCAAGGGCAUCCAAGCAAGGUUCGGGUAGUUGUGGCGUAGGAGUAAUUAUGGCAGCCAAAGACCUUAUGCAUCGGGGGAGAAAAGCCGUAGGCAAUUUUUCUUGGACAUUCGCAAACAGUAGAAUUUACAGAAAGCAAAUAAUGUUACAAAUUAUCAAGUGGUCUCAAAAAUGACUAAAUUGAUGAUUUCGCUCAAAGUGUAAUAUAUACAACAUUUACAACUUCAAUAGCUAUUAAUUACAUAACAUAAUUCCAACUGCUUUUAAGGUGACCCGCCCGAAAGCAGAGUAGCAGAAGUUACAGGUGACACGCCCGUGAAUCUGCUCUUGGGUAACCCGUAUAUAAUUACUAACUAUAUCAAAUGUAU